CUUGUCAUCAUAUUUUAAAUCAAAACAUAAUAGUUAUUUAUUAACAUUUUUGAGUAUUACACAGGAAUUUGAAAAUGGAGGAUAAUAAUUGUGAAAAUGUGAAUCAGGACUCCAACGCUAAUAAUUCAAAUAUCACAUUUGAUAACAUUACUAUACUAAACGAAUUUAAUAAUAUCGCAAAUAUUGUACGGAAUGAAGAUUUUCUUGAAACUGUUCCCAAUGCAAAAUUAAAAAGACUUAAGUGGGUUCCUAUGUUUAAUUAUUUAAAACAAUAUAUAUUAGAUGAGAUGAUACAAGAACUUGGCUCAAUGUGGGAUUUUGAAAAUAUGUCACAGAAAUUAGAAACACUUGAGAAACAAAAGGAUAAAUUUACUAAAAUAAAUCCUGAAAAAACUGUCUGGCGACCUCAACAUUUGAAUAUUAAAGAUCAGUUAAGAGCUAAAGAUGCCGCAAAUUUGAAGAAGCAGAAGGCAUCACUGGAGUCAUUGGCAAAAGAAUAUGAAUUAAGAGUUGUCAAACUUAAGAAAAAAUUGACUGCUAAAAGAUGUUAUUUUAAAGCAUUACAAAUGGAUAUACAAAAGUAUGAAAAGAAAAGUGAAGAAAUUAUGAAUAAGAUAGCUGAAAAGAUUGAAACACAUAGUAACUUGGUUGAAAUAAUUACACCAAAUACUAUUUCAGUUGAUACUAAAAUUUGGUCAGAAAAGGAAAAUGAAUUUUUGGAUAACUGAUAUAAUACUACAACAUAGAAUAAAAUUUAUAUUUCAGAAAAUUGUACACACCUGAGAAACAUAUAACAAAAAUUUAUAUAUCUAAGAAUUCUUUAAAUUAAAUAUAACAUGAAACAAUUUUUUGCUAGUGUUACAUAGUGAACAAAUGACUUAAGUGUAAUACAAAGUGUUACCAAAAGCAAAUUGCAAGCCCUAUAUUGCAGUGUUAAACAAGCAAAUAAUAUUACACAAGGUUUAGAAAUCUCAUUAAAAUUUAUUAUUAAACUACAUACUAAAUAAUAAAGCUUUUGUAUCUCUAAGCUUAGAAGAAAUCUUGUAUGAAAAUGUAGAAAUUAAAUUUUUUCGAAAACAUACAGUGUCUGUAAAUGCAAACAAAUGAAACAAAAAUAAACAUCUCAUUUUAAAUAG